AUGUCUCUUUACAAUGCUGCAGGUGGUUGUACCGCUUUUCGCUCUUGGCAAGGUUGGCUCAGUCUCUCCACUGUUAAUCCAGGUGAAGGAGGACUUUUAGUGAAUCCACUUUUGAAAUAUAGCACACCGUACUGGCUUCUUCGACCUUUCUUUACACGAAACAAAACGGAUGGUGACUGGGAAAUUGAUACAUCGAGUGUUUGGCAAGGCGCCGUUCCUGGCCGUGGACAAGAAAUGAAUGACUCAUUACAUCCCGAGCUGCAACCGUCUACUUCGAUGACUUCAGUUCCUACGGUACACCCAGGCGAUAUGGUUUUUUGGCAUUGUGACACAAUCCAUGCUGUUGAUGCUGUUCAUCGCGGUCAAUCGGACUCAACUGUUUUCUAUAUUCCAGCAGCACCUUUAUGUCAAAUCAACGUUGACUAUCUUGUUCAACAACGUGAUAGUUUUCAACGUGGCAUACCACCACCAGACUUUCCUGGUGGUGAAGGUGAAUUGCAUCAUGUUGGAAGAGCUACUCCCGAAGAUAUUAAUACGCUCGAAGGUAGACGCGCGAUGGGUUUUGAGCCGUUCGAGAUCAAAUCAUACAUGACACCAGGCGAAAAAGAAAUGGUCUCAAAAGCGAAUACGACGUUAAAUCUAUAA